AUGCAUCUGAGAUAGAGGUAGAGAAUUUGAUGUCUGUCCUGCUCUAUUUCAGUAUUGUCUUUGCCUAAUCUUCCCUUGGUAUGUCUCCAUUUCUCUAUGUUAUAUUUUAAAUGGUAUUCUGUGCCAUUGUAUUUUGGAAAGUUAUAAUCCAUUUUCUGAUUUCACAAAUGUCACCAUGAAGAGACCAUAUCAUGUAUGUCAGAAGAGGAUUUGAAUAUUUGAAGUAGUGUAGGGGAUGUUGCAAACUAUGAGGAUCAUUGAAGUGAUUAAAUGCAUUUUCUUCCUAGAUGAUCAUGAGUCUAUAGGUACCUGGUUUAGAAUAUUUUUGAUUGAAUGAAAAACCUCUCAGACACAAGAAUAUAUGUGAACAUGUGUCUCUCCUUGGUGACUUUCUUUUGAUUGCAUCUUUAGUAGGAGGAGCCUUUUGGAAGAAAAUUCCUCACUAGUUGUGUGAUAUGCAUCUCUAUAGCCUCAACUGAUUUCCUGUUCUUUGUUUGUACUGAGUUGCCAUUGAAACGAAUCAGCCACCUUCCUUUUAUUGUCAUGCCUUCACCACUAUUAGAGAUUCUAUCUCUGUAUCACAUAAAGUUGAAUAGAAGCAAUUGCUAUUCAGUGCUAAGGCAGUUUGUUAGCCUGAUCUUUUAAUUAUGUUGGUUAUUUUUAAAUAAAAGGUUUGUCUGUGUAGCCCUGAGUGUCCUGAAAGGAGUUCUGUAACCCAGGCUGGCCUGGAACUCAGAAAUCUCCCUGAUUCUGUCUCCCAAGUCCACAGACUAAUGUGAGUAAUUAACAUUCCUGGCUGUUUUGCUUUUAUAUUAUUGAAUGAUGGGCUUGGGAUGUAGGAUUUUGUAAAUGUCAAGCAUAUGCUGUUGUACUGAGCUCCACACAUACCUUGAAUUUUUAAAUUUGACACAGGUUAUCAUUCUAUUUCUCUAUUUGGCAUGCAUUUAUGAUAUUAACAUUCUUGAGCCUUCUGAGUCAUUGCAUUGCAGCUGCAUGAACUUCCUCCUGCCUGUUACAUUUGUUUUGAAUUUUGAAAUGGAUGAGUAUUUUAUCUGAAUGCAUGGAUAUGCACCAUGUGGGUACUUGAUCCUCACAGUGAUCAAAAGAUGGUCUCAGUAACCCUGAACUUGGAAUAAAGGAUAGUUGUGUUCCCUCAUAGAAGUAUUGGCAAUUGAGCCCACCUCUAUGCAAGACCAGCAAGAGCUCUUUACUAGCUUCCCUUCUCUCUUGUAUAAUCUGUGUUGAUUAUUUAUGGUCAACAUUUAUAUGGCUAAUGCUUUCAUGUUUCCCUUUAUAACUAUUUAAACAUGCACUACAUUUUAGUAAAUUUUUACUUAUGUUUUAAUUUGAAUUGUGGCACUUCAAGAUUCUUGAGGAAUACAAAACUAAAGUAAAUGCAUAACUCUUUGUAGGAACUUCAGUAAAACUUCUUAGUUCUUUCUUUCUUGUUCUGCUGAAUUUUGCUUGGGAGACAGGGUCUCAACAUGCACUAUAGGAUUUCCUAGACCUGAUUGCAUAGACUAGGCUGGGAUUCAACUCAAAUGCAGAUAUACCUGCCUCUGCCUUCUGAGUCCUGCCAUUAAAGGAAUGAGCCAAUAUACCCAGUUUGUCCAUCUUAUUUUUCCUUAUAGUUAGUAAUUGUUGAUACAAUUUCUCUGAUGUGUACUCUAUACUGUUGAUCUGUUUACUUGUCUCUCUAUAUUUGUUAAUAAGCAUUUCUCUUGCAAGGUGAUAUCUCACUCAAAGGGUACAGAAAUGACAGAAGUGAUCCUCCUAUUCAGCUUCCUUCAAAAGGGACUUGUUGAUUACCUAUAAUUUGUAUGUCAUGAAGUAAGUGUGGGGAGCAUCAGAAUUAUAUGUCUAUACUCUCAAAGAAGUAUACAUUUACAAUGAUGUAAGUAUUAUGGUUUCUCUUGUACACAUGUAUGGGAUAUUUUAGAAUGCAGUGACCUAUGAUGAUGUUCAUGUUGACUUCACUUGUGUGAGUGGACUUUACUGGAUCCUUCCCAGAAGAAUCUCUACAAAGAUGUGAUGAUGGAAACCUACAGGAACCUCACUAUUAUAGGAUACAAUUGGGAAGACCAUAAUACUGAAGAGCAACUUCAAAGUUCUAGAGGAGAUGGAAGUCAUGAACAAAAUCAAACUGGAAAGAAACAUACUAUAUACACUCAAUGUGUUAAAGAUCUUUUAUAUCCCAGUACUCUUCAAAUGUAUGAAAAAGAAGAUACUGGAGAGAAACCCUAUGAAUAUAAUCAAUGUGGUAAAGCUUUUGAAUUUCAAAGCCAUCUUCAAGAACAUAAAAGAAAGCAUACUGGAGAGAAACCCUAUGGAGGAAAUCAUGGUGAUAAAGCCUUUUCAUGUCAAAGUAGUCUUCAAAUGCAUAAAAAAAACCUCAUAUUGGAGAGAAACCCUGUGAAUGUAAUCCGUGUAGUAAAGCCUUUACACAAUUCAGUAGUCUGCAAAAGCAUACAAGAACCCAUUCUGGAGAGAAACCCUAUGAAUGUAAUUUGUGUGGUAAAGCCUUUGCACAAUUCAGUUAUCUUCAAAUGCAUACAAGAACCCAUUCUGGAGAGAAAUCCUGUCAAUGCAAUUUAUGUGGUAAAGCCUUUACAAUUCAGUUAUCUUCAAAGGCAUACAAGAACACAUACUGGAGAGAAACCCAAUGAAUGUAAAGAAUGUGGUAAAGACUUUGCAUAUCACAGUCAUCUUCAGAGGCAUAAAAGAACACAUACUGGAGAGAAACCCUAUGAAUGUAAUCAGUGUGGUAAAGCCUUUACAAGUCAUAACCAUCUUAAUAGCCAUAAAAGAACACAUACUGGAGAGAAACCAUAUGUUUGCAAUCAGUGUGGUAAGGCCCUUUGCCCUUCACAGUCAUCUUCAAAGGCAUCAAAGGCCACCUCCUGGAGAUAAACCAUAUGAAUGUAAUCAAUGUAGUAAAACCUUUGUAUGUCACAAAGUUUUUCAAACACAUAAAAGAAAACAUACUGGAGAGAACCACUAUGAAUGUGAUCAUUGUGGUAAAGCCUUUGGACGUCAAACUCAUCUUAAAGAACAUAAAAGAAAGCAUACUGGAGAGAAACCCUAUGAAUGUAGUCAGUGUGGUAAAGCCUUUGUAAAUCACAAUCGUCUUCAAAUACAUACAAGAACACAUACUGGAGAGAAACCCUAUAAAUGUAAUCAGUGUGGUAAAGCCUUCGCAUUUCGUCGUAAUCUUCAAAUGCAUAAAAGAACACAUACUGGGGAGAAGUCCUAUGAAUGUAAAGAAUGUGGUAAAGCCACAAAAUUUUAUGAAUUUAUGAAGCCUUUUGUAUAGGGUAAAUGAGGCAGCCACUUAAACAAACACUGACCCUGAAAAUAGGGUCAGUGAAUGACACACCUUUUGGCCCUGAAAUCAGAGUGGAAAACCUCCUGACAUUGAAAUCAGAGUCAAAGAAACACACUUUGUUCCUGAAUCCAGAACCAGUUAUAACAAAUUGAGUUGUAGCUGAGAAGAAACGAACAUCUCUGUUAUAAAUUCUAAUAAAGCAGAACAGAAAAUGAAUUGACAGCUCUCCUGAGAAACUCCCUCAGGGGAGUGGAGAACAGCAGCAAUGGACAUCUUUCUUGGGAAACUCUCUUAGCAGUGUGGAGCUGAGUUCAACUGUAAGGGCUCCCUGUUGGAGACGAGCAGGAUUAAUAACUUUUGCAUGGAGACUAUUUUCCACUGAAGCACAGCAUCAGGUGUAGUCUGACUUCUCAAUAUUCAAGUUACCUUUUCCCUCACAAUAGGAGGUAUCCAGGAUAUCUUCCCUUCAUAGCUCUAGUUAAAGGCUGACUUCUGACAGGGUAUCUUUCCUUUCAGAAGUGUAAAAACCUGCACUAUUUUUUAUUUUUAUUUUUUUGAUUUUUUGAGACAGCGUUUCUCUCUGUAGCUUUGGAACUUGAACUAUGGAUUUAAAUGAUAAUGUAACCAUUUUAGAUAUUGUCCUUCUCUUAAAUUUCAUUAAAUAACUAAUUCAGAUAUAAAAAUUUA